GCUUGCCUGGCAGCUAGGCCGCGGCCCGGCCCCUGCGGUCACCGAGGCUGGAGUUCACGGAGCUGUCUCUCUCCCGGCCGCGCUCCGUCGUGCCUCUACCGGGUUGGACUGGAGCAUGGAGGCCUUCUCCUCACCAGAACCAGGAGGUCCUGCAGGGAGGAGCUCCUCUGUGCCACAGAAAAGAUACCAUGUGCUGGUGGGUGUGACUGGAAGCGUGGCUGCUCUGAAGCUGCCUCUCCUUGUUGCUGAGCUGCUGAAAAUCCCUGGGCUCGAAGUGAAGGUGGUCACUACUGAGAGAGCAAAGCAUUUCUACAGUGCCCAGGAGAUUCCUGUCACCCUCUACAGCGAUGAAGAUGAGUGGCAGCUGUGGAGAGGCCGUUCCGACCCGGUGCUGCACAUCGAGCUGCGGCGAUGGGCUGACCUCCUGCUGGUGGCGCCGCUGGACGCCAACACGCUGGCCAAGCUCGCCAGUGGCAUCUGUGACAACCUGCUGACCUGUGUCAUCCGUGCCUGGGACCGGAGCAAACCUCUGCUCUUCUGCCCAGCCAUGAACACGGCCAUGUGGGAGCAUCCCAUCACAGCUCAGCAGGUGGAGCAGCUGAAGGCCUUUGGCUACACAGAGAUCCCCUGUGUGGUGAAAAAACUGGUGUGUGGAGAUGAAGGCCGAGGUGCCAUGGCGGAAGUGUGGACCAUCGUGGAGAGCGUGAAGAGGAUCCUUGAAGAAGGGGAUUUGCCAAGCCAGGGCUGAUGGUCUGACCUGGGAAUUGGUUGUGUGCCUCCCUGGGGAGCUGAAGCUAAACCCAUCAGGAAGCUGGGUGGAGAUGCCAUGCACACCUACAGCCUGCUCUUCAGCUGGAGGAGUGCAACAGUUCUCUUCCAGCUGGUGCCAAGCUGAAAUGUGGUCCAGCACUGCAGACUUGCUGAAACCAAAGCCAAGAAAGUGCUGCUUUAGUGUGGGAAAACUCUGGGGUGUCUCACAGAGACUGAGGAACACUGCCCUGGGGCACAGCCCCCAGGAUUUCCCAGGUGCUCCUCUCUGAGGAGGCUGCAGAAGGACUUGCCAGUG